AUGAAGUACAAUAGUUUGCAAACAGAAGAAAUAAUUAAAAGGGAGCAGCAAGCAGCAGCAGCAGCAGGUCUUUUGGACAUAAGGGAGAUGGAUCCUGCUGCUUUUGCUGCUGCAGUUGCUGCAGCAGACGCAGCAGCGGCAACGCAGGCGCUGCGCCGCCUGCAGGCAGCAGCAGCAGCAGCAGAAACCCUCAGGGAGCUCAGCCAAACCCUCGCCAAAGCCGCUCCCCCACACGAUCCCGGGAUCGACCCCACACUCGAUCCCCACCCCACACUCGAUCCCACACACGAUCCCCACCCCACACUCGAUCCCAACUCCCCCCAGCUGCAGCAGCUGCUGUCUUCCUAUGGAGACAAAAUCCGACAAACACUCGCUGCAACAAUAAUAACAGAACAGAGAGAAGUUCGCAGAAUGCGGAAAUCUUUAAAUUCAAUAAUUGAAAAUCUAGUGGAACAAAGAAACCAAAUUUUCGCCCGGCAGCAACAAGCGAAAGACACAGCGGUGCUGCAGCAGCUGCUGGACUUCGGCAAAUCUGUUUCUUUGCUGCAAGAAGAUAUUUAUUUCCAGUUUUGCAAUUUGCGGAAAAGAUACGAAAGGGCUUUGACCACGCGGAAGCUGGCGGCGCUGCCGGGCAUUCAGCAGCGCUUUGCAGAAACGGCGGAGGAGCUUCUCAAGGAGUUCACGAAGAGCCACCUGGAGGAGCAAAAUAAAUUCGAAGAGAAAAUGAAUUCUGAACAAAUGGAAUUCAGCAAAAGUAUUCAGCAAUUGAUUCAGCAAACGCGAAGGGCAAUGGCCGAAACCCAGCGCGAAAUAGAAAGUGUUGAACAACUUAGUUGGUCCAGAAGGGAGACAAUGCAAACACAAAUAAUAAAAGCUUACCACUCCACUUUGUCGCAAAACAGACUCAACCAGCUCGCAUACAAGAACUCGACACGCUCGCGUUUGAACAGCGCGGGGCCCUCGCAGACCUGCGGGCUGCGGGCGAAGAAGAUCCUCGAGGAAACAAACGCCGCAGUCGCCUCCCAGAAAACGCUCCUCGCCCGCAGAAACCAACACGUUAAGGCGUACCAGCAGCGCGUGAUGAUUGAGGUGGAGGACUUCAUAAGAAAGUUGAAAGUAAAGAUUUCAAAGAAAAAGAAGCGCUUUAGUCGCUGA